GCAUGCGCGUGCCUUUGCCUGUGGCUCCGGGUUGGGAACGGAGGAAGUUCAUUUACUGAUCAGAGAGGUCCCUGAGAGGCCGCGCUGCGCCUUCUCCCACAUUCACUGGGGAGUCUUGCUCUGCAAGUGCAAUUGCAGGCGGUUCGGGAGCACACGCCCCGGACCUGCCGCCCGCUGCUUCUGUGCCUCCGCGUCUGCCACCCCUGGGUCCCAGGUUCCAGCGACUUCCGUCCCACACUCCGCUUUGCUCCCCGUGUGUCCUGAAGAAAGGGGACGUGCUCCCGAGAUUUUCCACGGUGAUGAUAGCAUUUGAAGACCUGGCUGUGUACUUUACCUGGGAGGAAUGGCAGAAAAUGAACAAUGCUCAGAAAAUCCUAUACAGAGAUGUGAUGCUGGAGAUCUACAGCAGCCUGUUCUCCUUGGGGCACUGCAUUACCAAACCUGACUUGAUCUGCAAGUUGGAGCAAGGAGCAGAGCCAUGGAUGGUGGACGAAUGCCUGAAUCAGAGCCUUUCAGGUCAGUCUGCAUGUAAGGGACAGGUAGGCCAAGGCAGAAAGUGUGCAGAUCCUGAUGACAGCUGGUUUUGUGCAUCAGACACAGUUGGCAUGGAAAGGGGUGACCUGAUUAGGAUCAACCAGAAAAGUCAGGACAAAAAUCUGAAUCAGGAUUUUAUGAAAAAUAACAAGACAUCAGCCUCCAAGAGAGUUGAAUUAAAAAAAACACUUAGUUUAAAUUCAAGCCAUAUUCCAACAGUGAUUAUUAAAAAGGGAACCUAUUCAGGAUUGAAGCCUGAGGAAUGCAAUAUAUGUAACACUGUGUAUCCCUGCAAUGGACCUGAUGAACUACCGGCUAGAGAGAAAUUUGGUAACACUGAGGUACCUGGAAAUUCUCUCCAGUUCUGUGAGCCUCUUGGUCAGCAUGACAAGAUUCACAUCAUGAAGCAGCCAUUUGGACCCAUUGGACAAGGAAAAGUCUUCACAAGGAAGAUGUUCUGUAAAUCUGAGAGGGUUCAUAUGGGAGAAUACUGUAAUAAGGCAGCUGUCACUUUUGGAAAAGGAACUCAUAUAGAAAAAGCUAUCCAUGAAAAUUCUAGCCUCAAUAUGCAUCAACAAACCCACACAAAAGAGAAAUUUUAUGAAUACAUUAGGUAUGUUGAACCUGUCAUUCACCAAUCAUAUCUUGCGAUAAAUCAGAGACCACAUAUAAUGGGAAAACUCUACACAUGUAAACCUUGUGGAAAAUCACUAAUCUCUAAUUCACCUUAUGAAAGUAAUGACUGUGGAAAAGCUUUUGGACAAAAGCCAAACCUCAUAAAGCAUGAGAGAAUUCACACAGGGGAGAAACCUCAUGAAUGUAAUGGCUGUGGAAAAGCAUUUGGCCAUAAGUCAGCCCUCCUCAUACAUCAGAAAAUUCACACAGGAGAGAAACUUUAUGAAUGCCUUCAUUGUGGAAAAGCCUUUGGCCGUAAGUCAUCCCUCCUCAUACAUCAGCGAAUUCACACAGGGGAGAAACCCUAUGAAUGUAAUGACUGUGGAAAAGCCUUUGGACAAAAGUCAAACCUCAUAAUACACCAGAUAAUUCACACAGGAGAGAAACCUCAUGAAUGUAAUGACUGUGGAAAAGCCUUUGGCCAUAAGUCAGGCCUUAUGAAACAUCAGAGAAUUCACUCAAGUGAGAAACCUUAUAAAUGUAAUGACUGUGGAAAAGCCUUUGGCCAUAAGUCAUCCCUCCUCAUACACCAGCGAAUUCACAGAGGGGAGAAACCUCAUGAAUGUAAUGAUUGUGGAAAAGCCUUUGGCCGUAAGUCAGCCCUCCUCAUACAUCAGCGAAUUCACACAGGGGAGAAACCUCAUGAAUGUAAUGGCUGUGUAAAAGCCUUUGGACAAAAGUCAAACCUCAUAUCACACCAGCGAAUUCACACAGGGGAGAAACCUCAUGAAUGUAAUGACUGUGGGAAAACAUUUGGCCGUAAAUCAAACCUCAUGAUUCACCAGAGAAUUCACACAGGGGAGAAACCUUAUGCAUGUAAUGACUGUGGGAAAGCCUUUGGACAAAAGCCAAACCUCAUAAUGCACCAGAGAAUUCACACAGGAGAGAAACCUCAUGAAUGCAAUGACUGUGGGAAAAACUUUGUACGAAAGUCAGAGCUCAUGAAACAUCAGCAAAUUCACACAGGGGAGAAACCUCAUGAAUGUAAUGACUGUGGAAAAGCCUUUGGCCAUAAGUCAUCCCUCCUCAUACAUCAGCAAAUUCAUACAGGGGAGAAACCUCAUGAAUGUAAUUACUGUGGAAAAGCCUUUGGAAAAAAGUCAACCCUCAUCAUGCAUCAAAGAAUUCACACAGGCGAGAAACCAUAUGAAUGUAAUGGCUGUGGAAAAGCAUUUGGACAAAAAUCAGACCUCAUGAAACAUCAGCAGAUUCACACAGGAGAGAAACCUCAUGUAUGUAAUGACUGUGGAAAAGCCUUUGGCCAUAAGUCAACCCUCAUAGUGCAUCAAAGAAUUCACACAGGGGAGAAGCCUCAUGAAUGUAAUGACUGUGGAAAAGCCUUUGGACAAAAGUCAAAUCUCAUAGUGCAUCAAAGAAUUCACACAGGGGAGAAACCUCAUGAAUGUAAUGACUGUGGAAAAACCUUUACACAAAAAUCACACCUCAUAAGCCAUCAGCAAAUUCACACAGGGAAGAAACCUCAUGAAUGUAAUGAUUGUUGAAAAGCAUUUGGCCAUAAGUCAGCCCUCCUCAUACAUCAGCAAAUUCACACAGGGGAGCAACCUGUGAGAAACAUACAUGUAAUGACUGUGGAAAAGCCUUUGGCCAAAAUCACACCUCCUAUCACAUCAGAGAAUUCACACAGGGCAGAAAUCUCAUGAAUGUAAUGACUGGAAAAGCAUUUGGCCAUAAGUCAACCCUCAUCAUGCAUCAGAGAAUUCACCCAUGAGAGAAACCUUAUGAAUGUAAUGACUGUGGAAAGCUUUUGGUCAUAAGUUCCAACUCGGAAUGCACCUAGAGAAUACACACAGGGAAAUAACCUCAUGAAUGUAAUGACUGUGGAAAAAUCUUUUGCUAUAAAUUGUACCUUAUGUCAAAACAGAAUUCCCACAGGGCAGAAACCUUAUGAAUCUAAUGAGUGUGGGAAAGCAUUUUGUUAUAAAUCAUAGCUCAUAUCAUGGCAGAGAAUUCACACUGAGGAGAAUCCUCAUGACUGUAGAAAAGCCCUUGGCAAUAAGUCACAUCUCAGAAUGCAUCAGAAAAUUCACAUGAAGAGAAACUUUUUGGACAUAAUGACUUGAAAAGCCUUUUCCUCAUUGCACAUAAUCUAAUUCAUGUAGGGGAAAACACUUUGAAUAUAAUACAUAUGGAAAGGCCUUUAUCCAUAAGUAACACCUCAUAAAAUUUCAGAGAAUUCACAUGGGGGGAGAAACUUUAUGAAUGUAAGGAGUAUUGGAAAAUUCUGUCAAAAUCACGCCAUAUAACAUCAGAGAAUUUAUUACAAGGUGGAAAUCUUGUAAUAAAUGUGGGAAAGCCUUUUGUCAGAAGCAAUACCUCAUAACACAUGGAAUUCACAUAAGAUAGAGAACUUAAGAAUAUAAUGAAUGUGAAGGACUUUUUCCAAAAUCAAUGUGACCAUGUGACAGAGUCUUUUGCUGGAAAUCACAUCCCAUACAAUAGGCACUCCCAUAAAGAAGAAAGGCCCGAAAUUUUAUCAGUGUGAAAAAAGCCAUUUGUCAGAAAUCAAUCAUUAUAUAUCAGAGAAUUCACACUGGGAGUUUCUUAGCAGUGUAAUGAAUGUGGAAAUAUAUAUUUCCUGGAAUUCAGGCUUGCAUAAAUAUAGAACUCAAAAAAGGAGAUAUCCUUCAAGUACAGCAGAUAUGAAAAAACCUUUAGCCAGAAAUUAAACAUCAACAAACACCAGAGGAUUCAUACAAAAAAUAUCAGUUUAAUGAAUGUGCAAAAUUCUUCUGCCACAAAUCAGUUCACAUGAAGAGACUCAGAAAUGAGAAAACAUGCAUGCAUAGAAAAGUUAUGUACCAUAAGUCAUCUCUCAAUGACUGACAAUUCAAACAAAGGAAAAAAUCCUAUGACCGUAUUGUAAUGGGAUUAUAUUAUUAUUAUUAGGCAAACUUCCACAAAACAUAACAAGAUUACAGAGAAAAGUCCCUGAAAUGUGAUGUGUUUGGAGGAAUUCUUUGGAAUCACAUCAUAGCAAGUAUUGAGCAGUUUGCAUGAUGAAUUGUUACAGAGAGUGGUUAUCCAUUCUUCAGAAAUUUUUUCUCUAAUACAACCUGUCGUUCUGGUUUCUCAUUUUUGUGAAUGGGACCAAAUAUAUGAACUGUGCUCUCAUGUGUAAAUUUUGUUAAUAAAUAUUUAAAGUUGCAACAGGUGAAU